AAAAACGUAAACCCUUGCCCCGCCUCUUACGUUUAUAUUCUCUUGCUUUCAAUGCGGAUUGAUAGCGAUAUGUUAAGAAAGCACGCAGGAAAGUUUUGCUUUGCGAGUUAUCCAUCCUGAAUUGGUAAACGGUGUGUGCUCCGUUCUGCUUUGCCGAUUGCAAAGCGUGAUUGGGAAACGGUUUGCCAGAAUAUACCCUGACCACCAUGCCUGCAAAAACAAAGUACAAUUUAGUCGAUGAUGGACACGAUUUACGGAUUCCUUUACAUAACGAGGAAGCCUUCCAGCAUGGCAUUAAUUUUGAAGCAAAGUAUAUUGGUAGUCUGGAUGUGGCUCGACCGAAUAGCCGUGUGGAGAUUGUUGCGGCCAUGAGGCGAAUAAGGUAUGAAUUUAAGGUGAAGAAUAUCAAAAAGAAGAAAGUCAACAUCAUUGUGUCUGUGGAUGGAGUAAAAGUAGCCCUGCGGAAAAAGAAAAAGAAAAAAGAAUGGACCUGGGAUGAAAGCAAGAUGAUGGUGAUGCAAGACCCAAUAUACAGGUGAAGAGCUUCAUGUAAUAUCUCUUUAUUUUAAGUGAAAGAGUUAUGGCUGUGUUUUUUGAGAGUGAAUGAGUAAUGCUGUGUGUCAGUGCUGGAUGGGAUAUGUUUGGUGGACAAGGAGAGUAAAACAAUUGGCUUGUUUGCCCCUAAACUGUGUACCUGAAUAUAUCAUCUUCACAAUUAUGAUAGCUGCGUUUGGACGAUCAGUCAGUGAAAAAUGAAGAUUGACUGUCCUUUUAUUGGCUGUUGUGACUCUUAAGUCGUCUUGUAUACUCAAGUUACAGUAUGUCUGAAUGAAUGGUAAACUGAAGCAAUUCUCUUUUAGCUUUGAAAGAGACCUAUUAUGCUAUAUCACAUUUAUAAAAGGUUUAAACACACUUUUGUGGAAACAAUCUGCGAAUAUGACCAGCUUCUAUUUCUAAAAAUGUAUUAAAUUUUUUUGAUAUAAUCACACCUUAUAAAAUUAUCUGUUAAAAUACUUUACAGUGGGAAAGUCCCACCCAUUGGUGACAAUGGCUGUUUCUCAAUUCCAAGUAGGCAAAGAAUUAAAUGGACUCAUUGCAUUGUUGUGGAAACCUAGUUUCCAAGUUACCUUGGAAGAACAAACUGGGGAGACCGCAAGAACAUAGAACGCGUCCUCUGAGUUUCAAUAUUCGAUGUUGCGUUCUUCCCUGGUCCUUCCUUAUGGUGU